AUGGUUAAACAGCAUAGAAGACUUCAGGUCAAAUUAUCCGAAUCUUUAAAACCCCUUAUUCCAAGCAAGGAUCUUAUAUUUGGGCGACACUUUACCGAUCAUAUGCUAACGAUCGAAUGGAAUAGUAAAGAUGGGUGGUCUGAUCCAAUUAUCCAGCCUUUUGGCAAGAUUUCACUUGAACCUAGUGCUAUGGUAUUCCAUUAUUCUUUUGAAUGCUUCGAAGGACUAAAAGCUUAUAAAGAUAAAAAUGGGAAAUUACGAUUAUUUAGACCAGACAUGAAUAUGAAGAGACUUAAUAGAUCUGCUGCAAGGCUUACAUUACCUGUGAGUAUAAUUUGGGAUGUUAUUGGAGGAUUCAGCGAAGAUGAAUUAUUAGAGUGUUUAAAAAAACUGAUCCGUUUAGAGGAACGUUGGGUUCCAGCCGAGAGAGGAUUCUCAUUAUAUAUACGUCCUACUCUUAUUGGUACACAAGCUUCUCUAGGAAUAGGUCCCAAUUCUAGAGCACUUCUAUUUAUUAUUUGUUCUCCUGCGGGGCCAUAUUACAAGACUGGAUUUAGUGCUGUUAAAUUAUUGUCUACAUUUGAAAACGUAAGAGCAUGGCCUGGUGGAACUGGUGAUGCCAAAAUUGGUGGAAACUAUUCUCCAUGUGUUAGACCGCAAAUAGAAGCUGCCGAAAAAGGUUAUCAGCAAAAUUUAUGGCUGUUUGGUCCUGAUGAUGAAAUAACUGAAGUGGGUACGAUGAACUGCUUUGUUCUUUUAGAUAAUGAAUAUGGUGAAACUGAACUUGUGACACCGCCCUUAGAUGGUACCAUUCUCGCUGGUGUGACUCGUGAUUCAAUAUUACAACUGGCUCGGACGUGGAAUGAGUUCAAGGUCUCAGAACGUAAAAUUACCAUGUCCGAGGUAGUAAAUGCUUUGAAACAGGGUCGCUUGAGAGAAAUGUUUGGUUCUGGCACCGCAUGUAUUGUCACUCCUAUUAAAAUAAUUAAUUAUCGUGGAGAAGAUUUAGCAGUGCCUUUAGAUCCAAAUGAUCCUUCAAGUAAUGCAGGACCUGUGACUCGACGAAUUUCUGACACGUUAAUGGGAAUACAAUAUGGUGAAAUACCUCACGAGUGGUCUGUUGUUUUGAAUUAG